UGUUGGCGUGAGCGAGGAGGGGGGUGUUGUGCCCCCGGUGUUGCUGAGGGUGCCGGCCCCCGUCAAGCGUGCAACCAUGCAUCCCAACAUGACGUCCAAGGAGGCUGAGGUGCCCCCAGAGCAGGUGGAGCCAGUCGACCUCAGUGUGAGGACGACCAAGAUCAUGAUGGGCAAAGUCAACGACGGCCACUCUCCCAUCAAGGGCUACAAGGACCACAACGCUGGAGUCGUCCUUAAAGUGCCAACCUUUCCCUCCUUCGCCCUUCAGUCACUCGGGGUCGACCUCUCCCUCAAAGCUGAGAGCGACUCGCCGCCCAGUCCUGAUGCCUUCGGCGUGAGUCUGGACGCCCUGAGGACUGGCUCCACCACGCUGCUCUCCAUACGCAAGAUCCGGGAGGCAUCGCUAGCGUUGUGUGGGAAGCGGUCGUUGAGCGAGAGUCCUUCACCACCGCCUGUGUCGUCCCCUCCCGUGGCGCACCUCGCUUCCUCCGGGGGAGUCUCCGUCUCCAUCACCUCCUCCGCCGGCGCAGCCUCACUCCUCUCACCAUCUUCGCAUUCGCUCAUCUCUUCGUCGUCGUCAUCGUCGUCUUCCCCGCCUUCCCCUCCAGCGGGGGCGCCGCGGCCCCCCGGCCGGCCCCCUCCACAACCCGCCGACUACACCGACGCCCUCAGACGGCGGAAAGUUCACAAGUGUGACUUCGAGGGCUGCGAGAAGGUCUACACCAAAAGUUCGCACCUCAAGGCACACAAGCGCACACACACAGGGGAGAAGCCUUACCAGUGUACGUGGGACGGGUGCAUGUGGCGAUUCGCGAGGUCAGACGAGCUGACCCGCCACUACCGUAAACACACAGGCCAGAAACCCUUCAAGUGCCAGCUGUGUCAGAGGUCAUUCUCCAGGUCAGACCACCUCUCCCUCCACAUGAAGAGGCACUGAAGGGAGCAGGAGGGGAUGAUAGAGUCAUGUCCCUCAAGUUUUGAUCUCUAUUGUACUCACAGCUCGUGGGAUGAGAAUAUUGCUUCACGUUUCUCUGCUCAUGUGGAGGAACGACGGCUCCAGCGAUAGGGCCAAGAGCGACAUGUUUUCCAAGCACACACCUCGUGUCGUCCUUGUGUCGUCCUCACUACGAGAGCUGCAGGUGGGGGUGACGACGACCUCCUUUCGUGCCAAGAGAAGCAAAGAUGUCGACUAGUUGUCCCAUUAGUCUUGGCUAACAAGCCUCCAUGGGAGCAAGAUGUUCUGAGCAUUGUUUUGAAAUAUUAGCAGGUCCCAAUUAUCCUUCCAGUAUUUUUGGGAGGGCCAAAACGAUGAAUGAAAUGGUGGUGAUAAUUUGACCCUGUACAGUUUGUGUCGAUAAAAAAAAAACUAAAAAAAAAACACUAAAAAAACUAUACAAAGUAUCGCCACCCCUCUGUAUGACCUCUUGUGUUUUAUCACUAGUGAUAGUGUGUGUGAUACGUGUAUGGGACAUUCCAACAGUAAGUAUGUCCACCUAAGAGAAAAUUAUUGGUCAUUUAUAGAUAAGGAAAAAAAAACAAGAGAAAUUUUUACCGACGAGUCGUGUCAGCGACGCGACGGGGCGAGUGCUUCAUGCCAGACAAUAACUUAAAUAUUUACCGACAUUAUACACUGAACCGCAGUCUUCCAGAUGCCUUGUGACUUAUCAUAGAAUGUAUUUUCAUUUCCGGAGAAUCGUGUGCUCUAGAGUCAUUCGUCAUGAUUGGAUUUUAUAAUAAUGAUAUUUGGCGCAAGAUUAAAUAUUAUUAUAUAUGUCUCAACUUUACACAAAACAAAAAAAAAAAGAUGGGGUAAUUUAAAUCUUUUUAUGCUUGAAAAAAUAUAUUUCAAGAAGUGAUACUAUUUCUAAGCACAAAUAGAUGAAACAGUGCAUGUAAGUAGUCUUCCAACUUCCUUGUGAUGGAAACAGUGUUUGUUAACUUACGAGAUCUUCCAUUGCUAAGCUGACAGCCCGAGAUAGCCUCGGCCAGGAGAGCACCCGCCCCUGCACACAAACACACGCACUCACUCACUCACUCAAUCACUCACUCACUCACUCACCCUUCAGGAAAGUCGUCAAAGUGCUCAAAUUAGUUCCAAUCCUUGUGAAGUCUCUAAAGACUAAGAGUGACUAUAUUUGUAUAAUUAAUAUCCAAGUGAGCGUUGUUAUACGUUACCCCUGGUAACGGACCUCGCCUGGUGGUGGUGGUGGUGGUGGUAGUAGCGUGUGCAGAGCCGGAUGCCUCCGCCGGGUUCACGGUUAGGGGACCACUGGACUACGGGGCCUCAGUGCUGAAGCCUUUUUUGUGCUCGAUAUAACAAAUAAUAUGUAGGAUACGCAGUCUCCAGGAUGUAUGUAGAAUCAAAAGAACUGUGAUUUCUCUGACUGUACUUAUUUCCGCAUUUUGUCUGAAUUAUUAUUACGCCCGGUAGGGGCUUUUUACAUAUUGUAUAGUACAAAAAUAUUAGCCCGGAGAGUUUUUGGUGUUGACGGCCGCAGCCUCCUCAUCUCUCUCUGUGUGUACGGACUGACUGUGUACAUCCGACUGCUUCGCCCCACACUGGAGGCGGGUGUAGUCGAGCUUUGGAUCUCUCUCUCUCUCUCUCUCUCUCUCUCUCUCUCUCUCUCUCUCUCUCUCUCUCUCUCUCUCUCUCUCUCUCUCUCUCUCUCUCUCUCUCUCUCUUCUCUGGUGUGUCCCACCUAACUAUAUAUGGCUUCUUAUGUCAAAACUGUGUUGGUGAAGACUUUCUGGCCCCCCCCCCUGCGUCUCCCUCUACCCCCCCCCCCUCCUUCGAUCUUUACCAAUCACAUAAUGAAUAGAAUUAUUUUUUGUUUGAAUUUGCUUUCCUCCUCCCCCUCCCUCCCCCCUCUCCCAUAGUAAUCAGCAGGUAUUAAAAUCGCCUACAGGCUAAUUUAUCCUUUUUAUACCACCUGAUAAUGGUCCACGACGGACCGAAACCUCGUCGCUUUUAUUCAUUCUGAGGCGAGAGUAGGUUGGGUGUCGCUUUUUGAGCCCCGUUAUUCUGUCUCCAUAGUUUAGCCUUUUUGAGCCCCGUUAUUCUGACUGUCUCCAUAGUGUAGCCUCUGUCUACUCGACUCAAAUUUAACGUUUGUUCCGCUGUACUUUGAUUCGAGACACUUGAAGCUGUUUUUUUUCCCCUCCCUUUCUUUCCCGUUUAGUGGUUCCCUUCCCUCUUUGUGCUAGUUCCACACACUGCUUAUCCGUCCCCCUUCCUUUGGUCGUUCCCACGCUUUCUCUCCCAGCUGACCGUCGACGACUGUCGCCGCGAGGUCCAGCUUUAAUUCAUAUUUUAUAAUAGUGUGUGUGUGUGUGUGUGUGUGUUGUGUCCGACCAGUGAGAGGGUUAGCUAGUAUGAACGUCGAGACCGUCGAAUGUUGUCAAGCUUCGUAGUCAGCGAGCAAGCAAGUCGUCGUCGUCGUCGCCGUCGUCGUCGCCGUCGUCAGUCCUUUUAAGUGUUGGAUGUGUCAAGAACAAUCCAAAAAUAUACAUGGCCAUUUUGUUGUUUUGGUUUGAAUGAGGAAAGUUGGGGGUACGUAAGCUUUAAGAAUUUGUUGUGUAAAAAUAUAAAAUAAUAAUGUGAUGCGGCGGGUUUUUAAGCAACGUUGGCACAAUGGUUGUGGAAAAUAUGUUAAAGGUGGUUCGUAACUCGAGUUGGAGGUGGCAGUAGUCGUUGUAGUUGCUUGUGCAAGUCGUUUUCCUGUGGGGAGCUGUCGGAUGAACGAGGCAGGCUGUUUCUUGAAGAGACAACAAAUGUGAAAGCAAUAGCCUAUUAAGGGUGGGAGUGAGUGGUAGUGGGGGUGAGGGAAGGGAUAUUUAGCAGUAAUUUCCCACAAUAGAGGCAAUUUGGUCAAAUAGCUACAGAAAGAGAGAGAUAGUUUUACUAAAAAAGAAAAUAUAAAAACAUUUUUUUUUUUUUCAAAUUGUCAUUAGAGUAAACUGAAGGUUCAAUUCAGACAAUAACUGUGUGUGCAACGGCCCUGUUGUUUCCUCGUGAUGUAUGACGCCCUCUUGAACUUGUGUGGUCAAGAAAAAAAAAAUUCUAAGUUAUAUAUAUAUAUAAUCUUAUAGCUGUCAAAGUUACCAAAAACUCUUUAACUCGAUGGACACAUUAACAGGUAACGUGUAGUUACGAGUUUGACAAACUUUUUGAUUUUUAAUAUUUUUUCGCCUCUGUCUUUACUACGAAGGUUCUUAUUUUUUUUACAACUGUUGUAAACAUGGCUUUUGUUAUUUAUUGAGUCAAUGCCACCAUUAACAGCCAUCUUGUACAAUGUUUAUAAUGAGCCACUAAUAUUAUAAUGACAUAAAUGACAUUUGUUAUUAUGAAAUUAACGUUGUUGAAUCUCAUUGCCAUGUGGUCCAACUUUUAUAUUUCUAGUUGGUUUUAAUUAUUUAAUUGUGUUUUUAAAAAGGAGUGAAACUACACAGAAA